UGCCUGGGUUACCAGAACGCCAAUAGAAACUUUGGUCAAGACGGACAGACUUUGGCUAAUAUAAGUCGCUCUUUAAUAUAAAUAUUAAAACUAUAGCAAAACUGUUGUGGGGAUUAAUUAGAGAGAACGGGUAGGGCCGAAAUAGUGAAUUUAGUUUGAAUAUGCCCCCCAAACGGAUUGCAAGUGUUACUCCAUCUGGGGUUACUCCAGCUAGGGCAGCUUCUGGUAAACAUUGGGACUCAUCUCUUUCUGCUGCUGUAUUUGAAGAGAAUGACUGGAGGGUGAGUGUGUCUUUGGUGCAGACAGAGAAAGCAGAGGACGAACAGCUCAGUAGUGCCCUCAUACAGGCAGUUCAGAAGCCCCUGCGCAAGCUAUUCAGUGUGCUUUCCUGGCAGAACACUCUAGAAAAGAUAAAUGAACUAGGAAACCCAAAGUCAAGAAAGACUAAAGAUGUUCCCAUGUUUUAUGAGGUGACUGAAGUUGCAAAGUCACAGAUGGAUGCUGGAGAGAAAAUUACUGUGGACCUGAUGGCAAAAUUAAUAAAAUUCCAUCUUCUGAUACUCAAAAACAAUGACAUUCAAAGGAGAGCUGCUGAACGAAAGGCUCUAGAAGACAAUGCACAUGUAAAAGGAGAAGCAAAUUAUGCCAGCAAGGAUCAGGGAGGUAAAGGGGCAGUGAAGGGGAAAAAUGACCUUUCAGUUUCAACCAAGAACACCAAACUCAAACGGAGAGGGGAGGAGGAAAACAAUAUUGAAUACAUAGAUGAUGAGCCAGAUGAUGGGCCGCAGCACUACAUCCUAAUGAUGGGGUUUUACCAGCCCCAUCUGAUAUCUGCAUUGAACUCUUUAGGUGUCCAUGUGUCCAAUGUCAUUAAACUGGGCUUAGAGAAAGAAGAUAAAUUGGAGGCUUUCGAAGAAACAAAAGCAGAGGAGAAUCACAACUCACCUGAAGAUCAGGAAGUUGAUUUCUUGAAACAGAAGAGGCAGCAAGAGUUAGAUGUGUUCUGGAAGCAGUUGGAUCAAGUCUUGAACAGUGGGAGCAAAGGAUCAAGACUUUUCGAUGCGGCCAUAUUGAAGUACAAUGUGAAGGGGCAUCUGCUGCCAGAGGACACAGGCAAUGCUGAAGCCAUGAUGGCUUUUGGUGAAGCUAUGUUUGAAGGUGUAGCAUGUCUGGUGUAUGACAGUCUUGACUGGAGAAGACAGCACAAUCAUUAUCUCAACUCCAUGAAUUUGAUCCAGGUUCCAGUGGCCUCCGGACCCAGUCAGCAUUUACGACCACAUAGCUCUAUUGAGGUUAUACAAACUCCAAGGAGGAAAGCAGCAACGGAGGAAAACUCUGCAGAGCCAGAGUCUCCUGUUCUGAGCACAGAGGUUGAUAUGAGAUAUUACUGCGACCUACUAGACAGAAUUGCUCCUGAAAUCACAUCUGUUCCACUCAUCCUGCAUUGCAUGCUUGAGCAGCUAGUGGCAUCAGAACAGAAAGUGAUGUCAGGAUCAGUUGAGUCAAUGCAAAACUCGGAUGAAACAGAUAAAGAUCUAAUCCAUUACAUGGUCUCGUCUGUUAUGUCUCUGCCGAUGCAAGAAGAAGACAGGAAGAAACUGAUGGAGGACUUUGGAAUCCAAGACACACCAACAAAUCUGGAUCAGAAACACCCCCUGCUAAUAAAUCACCAUGAUGAGAGGUCAAGGAGACUCCACCAAUUUUCUGCCCUGGAUGGGUUUAAUCCUAUCAAAAUUGAGGCAGACAUCAUGAAACAAAGCCUGGUGUGGACCGGCCUUGUAUCUAGAUUUCCUGAGAGUUCAUCUGAUAGACUGAGCAGAUCUCAAGAGCUGUGGCACUUCUGCACUGAUGAGUCAAUGAGCUGGUCUGAAGUACAGCGGCUUCUCCAGCUGUUUGUGUUCGAAAGCAUGCGCUUGACUACUGUGGAUGAGAGUGGCAGUCUUAAAGGACCAGACCCUGCCACCCCCACAUCAUGGGACAACCCUGUUGAAUAUUCCAAACACCUAUACUGGAAUAACAGGUGCACACCAGGACCAGAUCAAAUUUCUGCUGGGACUCAGCAGCAAAAGCAGGCUAAUAAAGUGACCAUAACAGACCUCCAAAAGACGUUGAUUCGACAAUUAGGACAUUGGAACUUUGUGGAGAACCACAUUGCUUGUGUUUUUCCUCAGGUCAUUCAGUCUGCAUCUGAAACAUACAGAUGUCUGGAUAAAUUUCACUCCUGCAGAGACAAUGCGAUAUAUGUCUUCUGCCAUCAUCCCAUGAGCCCUCACAGGAGUUGCAAAGAAUUCUGGAAUACAUCCCUUCACACAGAUGUGGGGUUCAGGUACUAUUUAGAAUAUGUGGCUGACUCCAUAAAUGAAUGGACCAGACAAGAAGAGGAAAAAUGGCACCUUGAACAGGAGAGGAAAGAAAAAGAGAGAACUCUCAUACAAACUCCUCCAGAGAGCGACUUGAAAAGAGACUCACCCGUGAAAGCCCCGAUCGUAGACACAGAAAUAUACAUACGAAAGGAUUCUUUAAAAGCAUGGAAAAUGGAGCAGGAUAGAUUAAAUGAGGAGGAGGAGUCAAAAAAGUCAAGUAAGGAGAAAGGAGGGAAGGCCACACCAAAAGUAAAAGAGGAGAUGAAGACCCCUGUUUCCUCAAGAAAGAGCAGAGAGAUUGUGUCCAAAACACCCAGUUCAGCUACACUGACUGGAGACAAGACCGGAGAUGUUCCAGAGUCACCUCAAGGACCACCAGACACAAGAAAAGCAAAUGCAUUCACAGGCUACAAUUUAAAUGGGAAACUUGUGCAGGUCUGCGGGGAAGUUCAGUCUUUCUAUCCAUCUGAUGGGGGACAAAUAGAUAUGGAGAGUUUUCAUUUCAAACAAGGGUUGAAACAACUGAAAAUCUGUGUAAAGAAGGAUGGCCAUCACUUCUACACACACAUUUCAGAGAGAAAGAAAGAACACGAUGAACUGAAGGACAUUGAUACGAUUAAACAAGAUAUUGUUUCAGCCAAUCCAACUGCUCUUGGAGGCAAAGCAGAUUGUGAAACAGAGAAAUGUGGCUUUUUCUACGCUGUACUGGCAAAUGGCAUUCAGCUCUCCUGUAGUCAUACCAGCCCAAACAAGAUAAAAGCUGAAACCCACAAUCCCAUAGUGCCGUGCUCCUGUACUGACCAACAGCAGGGAGAGGCUCCUGAGACACACCAUGAGCACAUGGACAAUUCUUCUGCAGCGUUCCUAAAACUUCACGUGUCUGUUCCCAAUGGACUCAUCCUGUACUUUGAUUUUGAGGAUUUAGCAGAUGGACAUUCUAGCAGUUGUUCUUUGGUGAUAAAACAGAGAUACUAUAACACCGGGUCUCGAUCAUACAUGAACAUGCAAAGAGAGGUCUCCAGGGUCAUUACCUGCAGAGGAACAAUCAUAAAACAUAUGAAAGAUGGAUCUACUGAGGUCCUGUUUGCAGAUGGUACUGUAAGUAGAAGUCCAGACUCAGAACCGGUGUGUGUGUUAGUUCCACAGACACCUGCGGAGGACCAGGAGUCUAUUAAAGAACUAGCAGUGGACACCAAAGGCGUUAAAAACAAGAAGGGCAAGGGUAAUUCUACGGUGAAUGCAGGAGAUGACAUGACUCAAUCGAAAACGGUCGAAAAAGAAAAGCCAUACAGUUUUGAGGUAACUGGAGGCACGUGGACCACCACGACCCCUUCUGGCCUCAGGGUCGCCUCUGUUGCAGGAAAGGAAAUCGUAGCACAGCCGUUAUUGACCUAUCAUGCCACGGACCCCUUCAAUGAAACAGUCGUAGUCACACGGGAGGACAAAGUUCAGUCUGUGUUGAGGAAAGACGGAACCUUGAUAGUGGAUCAUGCGGACGGGACGCGUAUUACCACCUUCAACCAGCAGAGUGAGCUGCAACAACAUCUGAUCUCAGGAGAGAAGCUGGUUCGAGUGGAGAAAACUGAGUUUGCGACAGUGAUAAUGGACUGUGAAGGAAAAGGUUGUGAAGUUCUCUUGGGGGAUGGCACCUCCAUCAGCACAACUGGUCAUGGAUCAUAUAAGGUUUAUCCCUGUGGUGGUGGUGUCCUUCACAUCGAUAAGGAUGGUGGAGCGGUGUACACAUCUCAUCCCUCUGGAACGGACACUGAUCAAUUUGGACAAUAUUUGAUGAACCACAGAGCUGAUGUCCUCUGUCAUGUGAUAGACCCCGAUGGGAACCGGUUUGAAGUUAAUGCAGACGGUCAGAUUGCUGUUAGCAGAUCAAAACAACCAAAAAAUGAAGAGACAGAAAUAGAACUUCAACAGAAUGCGGCUUUUAAAACACACCCACCCAGGUUGUUUGUGGUACAUGAAGAUGGAUCAGCCUCAGAGCUGCUGAGAGCUCAGGAUGUGGAUGAUGUUUUGCAGAAGGCUUACAGUGACUCGUCCAUCGCUGUUCUCACCGACCCACUACCAGAAUCUCUAGAAUCAUGUUGCAUCACACUUCUGAGACCUUGUCCUGAAGAUUCUCACUGGCUCUUAUCCAAGCAUGAAGAUGACAUCAUUCCCACCAAUCUCAAAUCGAGGAAAUGGGAUUCAUUCCCUUCAUCUGAGAAGACAACUCCAGGCCUCCCCUUUGGCACCACACUUGGCUGCGGGCUCGAGAUUAAGAAUAAACCCAAGUGUACGUCAAUUCAAGCCCAACCGGUUUUGGAGUGCCCUGAUGUGCUACUGGUCCGUCAGGUGAUCCAGCAUCCUCCUGUUACUGAACCUCUACGCAGGAAACUGAUGGAGAACAUCAAGGUCUAUUUGGAGCAGCUGCUGGAGAGAGAGAAUCAGCUAGAGAUGAUACAGCCGAAGGACCCACGAUGUGCACAGAUGCUUUGCCUGCCUAAGGCUGAAGAUCCACAAGUUGCCAUGGAACCUCUGUCAGGUGAUGUAGCGUCUCUUUAUACUGAAACAGUGAGCGCAGGCCAACAGUCCAACAACCUACAGGAGAAAACCAAUGAGAAACACACUAAGAGUGUCGAUAAGCGGAAGCAAGAUUCUUUGAGGGAAAAUAGGAUUAAUAGACACAGACAAGAGCUUCAGGAGGAAAGACGACACAGAAUCGCCCUCAGACAUGAGAUUGUUACUCCAUACUUUCACCCUGAGCUGCAGGAGAUGAACUCAUUCUUCACACAUGAGGAUCAAGACUUGAAUUCCCUCUCCAAACAUCUUCCACCAUUUCCACCAAAAAGAAAUUCCAGAGCACCUGGUAUCUCUAUGGAUUCUUCGUCCGUUCACUUACAAAGGAGCUUCGAAAACUAAAAUGUUAAAUAAAGUUAUAAUUAUAAUAUUUUUAGUAACCAGAAAACACUUCAUUUAAAGUAAAAAGACCUUUAUUACA